CUGUGAAACUCUGGGGCUGGGAGGGAAGCUGUGCUGGCUGGCACAGCAAAGGCCAGCAGGUUCCUCAGCCACUUACAUCCUGUGAGCAUGGCCCUCUGCUACCAGUCUCUCUUGGCCUGCCUUUAAGUUGGAUAUUGACUAGUCAGAGCCCAUCAAGAUGAAAGGUUGUUGGCACAGCUCAAGCUCCCUUGAUGACUGCACUGUACCCCUCGCCACGGAGCACAGAUGCUGGCAUUGCACACGACCUGUCAUGCUCUGAAGAGUAAUGCAGAGGAAUGGGAAGAGAUUCCAUCAUCUUGGUUUUGGUUUGAUCAACACGUGAAAAUUCAGACCUCUCUGGAACACCAUGUAAAGAAUGCAGAUGCUUACAGGUGCAAGGCUUCCCUGCUCUCUGCUGAUACGUGUGGGAUGGUUUGGGGUAAGAAAGAAGCUCUAGAAGCCAGGAUGUGAUUUUGUGUCCUAUUGAAAGGAAGGAGGAACAGCAAGGAGGAAUGUUUGGUGAUCAGGCUUUGGAGAUCCCUGUUUGGAGCCAGCAUCCUGCAGCUUCUGGUUGCUGCAUGCCACAGUUCAGAGGCCUCACCUUCCUCUCCAAACAUACCCACCAGUCAGAAAGUCAGAGGUGUUCUAAGGAUUGAAACUAGUGAGUAGCCAGUCUUAAUGACAGAGAUAGGAAUGGAAGAAGCACUGCUUGAAAUAGACCCAGGAGCAAGCCUUCAGUAUGGCUUCAAUACUGCUGCUAUCACGGCUGGUCCUUGCUUGGUUUCCCUCUUGUGGGCUGUGGGUAGACGUGAGCCUCUGCAAGAGGUUAACAGCCUGGAAUUCAUUAAUUAUCUGCUGUAUGGAAAUGAAAAAAAAAAUCCGCUUGAUGCCCUUACAAGAAGCUCUCAGUCCAGAAUUUGAAGUUCUGCAAGCAUUCACUGCAGCCUGUGCUGGAGCUGUAAGGCACCUCCCUCCCUCCUCUCCCAGCUCCAUAGAUAACUCCAGCAGGGGCUGACACUCUCCCGAUGGCCACAUCACUUCUCUUUAGGGUACUGAAAGCUGAACACUGCCUGGCAGUAUUCACCCUGCUCCCUCAUGGAGCUUUCAGUAAGGAAAUCUCCAGGCAAAACAAAGAGAUUUGAAAAGAGGUUUGAAGAGGUUCAGAAUUUAUCGUGUCCGCUUCCUUACAGACAUUGUGUCAGACAUCUUUUAAGGGAGCUGAUUCAGUUAUACAAAUCUAAGGUGCUACUAAUCACUUGACACUUCUCUGGCCUUUAUACAUAAAAUUGGACUCAGAGCAGGGAAAUUACUGGUGUGCCUGAGCACACAUUCAGAAUCCCAUUUCCUCUGCUAGAUGGAAAGCACUACAAGAUGGUCCUCCUGAAGUGUGAGCUGAAGUGAAAGUACCUCAGAAGCAGGCUGCCACUGCUUCCUUCUUCUAGGUGGGUGUGAUUUGUGAUGGCUUUCCACCAAAAUACUUUGUGCAGAGAGGUGAACGUGGGCUGAAGAAGAAACAGAGCACUGCAAAAAGAUGUCCGAAGCUGUUUGUACCUUGGUGUUCAGGAGCUUGUGAGGGAAGAAAAAGCAACCACAGUAUGCUGGGGGGAAGAAAAGAAGAAAUAUGGCUCCUGCUGUAAAGGUCCAAAUCAAUUUUAAGAUGACCAAUUUCUCCCUGUUGGGGUGCAUGACAAGCAACCACUUUCUCCAAGUGCUGGAAAAGGUGCUGGGCACCCAUAAAUCCCUCCCGCUUUAACGGUUGCUGCAGAUGCUCAGUUCCUCUGCAAAUCAGAAGUCAGGAAAUAACUGGAGAAGCAAAGGUAGCUUUGUUCUGAUCUGGUAAAGACCACCUCUUGGUGAUGGAUCAGUUUGGUGUAAAAUCGGCCAAGGAAAUACUGAUGCUUGCAAAAGGAGACAGUUGGAGUUUAUUCUUCUUGUUAUAUACAAUGCAAUAGCUUAUUAGAGUGAAAACAUCAGUGGAGAAAACAAAACAGCCCAGCGGGCUGCAAGCAAGUUAUGCAGUGUGCAUGUACCCAUCCUGAGCUCCCAGGUGUUUCUGUGACAGCUGCACUCCUGGCCCAGUGGGCUGUGACACUUGCUUGUCAAGAUAUGUCCUGAUGACACUUCCAUACCAGGCCACGUUUUGCUGCCUCACAUCAGCUGGAUCUCAGGAUCACAUCCAGUGAUGGGGAUAAUUCCAGACAUUGUUCCCAGAUUGCUGCGUUUCCUUCACAGUCCACGUGAAAGAAUCCAGAAUACCUGCUCAGGGAUGCUGCCUGUCAAAUAAAUACAAUAUCUGUGAAUCAGAGCAGAAUGCAUUCAGAAUGAAAUGUCUUAAAUCAGCAGUAUAACUUGCCUGCUUUUGCAUUUCUCUGAUGUUUCCUGUGGAGAUAUUCCUCGGUGACUCCUUGCAAUGACACUCAUGAAGACAGACUGUUAAAUAUGAAUCACAGAUGCUCUGAAGAAUUCCCUGAUAUUGCUACCAAAAGGGAGGUAGAGGAAGUAAGAGAUAGCCAGCUGCUGCCUGGGAACAAUUUCACAAAUGAAUGCAACAUACCUGGAAACUUCAUGUGCAGCAACGGGCGCUGUAUCCCAGGGGCCUGGCAGUGCGAUGGGUUGCCAGAUUGCUUCGAUGACAGUGAUGAGAAGGAAUGCCCAAAAGCCAAGUCCAAGUGUGGUGCCACCUUCUUCCCCUGUGCCAGUGGAAUCCACUGCAUCAUUGGCCGCUUCAGAUGCAACGGCUUUGAGGACUGUCCUGAUGGCAGCGAUGAGGAAAACUGCACAGCCAAUCCCUUGCUUUGCUCUACUGCCCGAUUCCACUGCAAAAAUGGUCUUUGCAUUGAUAAAAGCUUCGUGUGCGACAGUCAAAAUAACUGUCAAGACAACAGCGAUGAAGAAAGCUGUGAAAGUCCUCAAGAGGCAGGCAGCGGCCAAGAUUACGUGACCUCAGAAAAUCAGCUGCUCUAUUACCCCAGUAUUACCUACGCUAUCAUUGGUAGCUCUGUCAUUUUUGUGCUCGUGGUGGCCUUUCUUGCCUUAGUCCUGCAUCACCAAAGAAAACGCAACAAUCUCAUGACCCUGCCAGUGCAUCGCCUGCAGCACCCUGUGCUGCUGUCCCGGCUGGUGGUCCUUGAUCACCCACACCACUGCAGUGUUACCUACAAUGUCAACAAUGGGAUCCAGUACAUGUCCAACCAGACCUACCACAGGCCAGAGGAUCUGGACUCACCUCCGUCCUAUUCAGAGGCUGUGCUGGACCAAAGCAGACCACCUUGGUUUGAUCUUCCUCCACCUCCUUAUUGUUCUGAAUCUGAAUCCCCUAAUCAGCCAGAUCUCCCUCCUUACCGGUCUCGGACAGGAAGCGUGGUGAGCACAGACACCCCCACGGCUGGAAGCCCUCUGGGCACAGACGGCGGUUGGACAAGAGAUGUGCAUGAGAGCAUGGAUGGCCACAGAACCCUUCUUGGGAGGACAGCAGAUCCAAGCAAUUCUCUGGUCAACCAUGAUGAAAGAGAAGCGUAACUGCUUCAGUGUUCGGGAUGGACAAGAAGAGAUUCGCUUUUUCUACUCCAUGUGGGUUAAUUUGCUGUUGCUAUAAGGUUCAGGCAGAUGUGUGCCUGAAUAACGACUUGAUUUGUAUCCACGUUAAUUUUUUAAUUCAGCAUUUUGUGCUCGUCAAAGACCUGUGAGAGCUGAAUAUGGAGAUGCAUCAGUUCCUGACAAUAUUCCUGCAAGCAGGUUCCAGUUCAGACUAGCAAGGGAAACGGUGCUAUGCCGAAGAACUGAUGUGCUGUAUUUCUCAGAAUAUAUACUGUAUUUGAAUGUAUAUAUGUGCAUGUGUAAUAUUGACAAGCGUUGCACACAAAAGGUAUGCCAGAUCUCUUGUUUCUAGACUGCUUCCUGUCCUCUGUGAACUGUUUCUUCCUGCUGCCUAGUGCCAGGUGGUGGUCAUUGAAGCAUGAGAGAGGCAGCCCUUCAGGAGGAAAGAAGCCUACUGCUAAGCCCACUGGCAGCACUCAAAUUGCAGAAGAUGCUGUAUAUGGCCCUUCUCUUCCUUGCUUAGAACUUUCUCCUUGUGAAUGAAACUUUCAGUUUUAGCUUGUGACGAUGCAACAGCUCUAUAACUGUACAAACAAGUGUUUUUUGUUUUUAUUCCUCUGCCCCAAUGCCAGUAUUGAGGCCAAAUUUGCAUGGAUUUUCUCAGGAAAACCACAGAGGUUGGCUCAUCUGUCAAACUUCAGGCUGACUGUGGAGGCAGUGAAGCUUAACACACCAGCGCAAGAUUUCAAAUGUGGCAAAACAACAUCACUCUGUGUGUUUCUUGUUAAAAAUAAAAAAUAAAAGUUAAAAAAUAACAAGCAAACAAAACCAAAAUUUUUCCAGCUACGUCUUCAACAUCAAAGCCAGCCUGAAGCAAACACCCAUCAUGGAAAACUUCUGUGUGGAUGACUGGUUUGUUAAUUUCUGAAACAAUUGAAGCUGGGUGAAAGGUUUAGGGCUUGUCAGCAUAUGGUCAUGCAUGGAUACACAUGUUUAAUAUUGUAUGUAUGUAUACACAUCAUGUAUUGCGUAAGUUCUGUUUGUAUCUGUAGAACUUCAAAAUCUUGAUGUUUUUCUUAUGAUGUUCUCAUUGCUUUUUCUUAACUGUUUGCCAUUAUUCAUAUUCAUUUGGUUCAAAUUCUAGUUUCUUCAGAUAAACAGAAUUACUUUUAUCUAUGUUGAGUUUUUCUCUCUUAACUCUUAGGAUGGUCUCCCAUGAAAUACGUUUCAGUGCACAGUGCUGAAUCACCCACAAGAAAGCAACUCAAAGGUAAAGGUUUUCAGAGUGGAAAGAGGGAAGGUAAACUCUGAAUUUUAAUGCUGCUGCAGUGCUGUGCUUCCACUUAAUAUACAGAAGAGAAUGCAGCGUAUUUUUUCUUGUCCGGAGGGAAAUUGGUCUUGAAGAAUUAUUUCUAUUUGUCUAUUAGACAUAUUUCCCACUCCUCAUCUUUCAAGUAAUGAACAUUAUCAUUAAACAGGCUUUGCUGUUUAAUGGAAACGAGGAAAACUACAGUUUUUCCAAACCCUCUGCUUUUUUUCCUCCCUAUUUAAGGUAACAUCUUUCUCCCAAAGGUUAGGUGCUCAGGACUCAAGAAUUCUUGAGUGUGAGUGUAAGUAGUGGGGUGAUUAAAGUUCAGGCUCAGUUCCAACACAUAAAACUUAAUUGGUUUUGUGUUUGUUUUUGUUUGUUUUUAUUUCCAUGUCUGAAGUCAUCUGACAUGAUAUGUGGGAGGCAGGCACCAGAUGGAUUUACAAGCAGCGGUCCUUCCAGGGCUGAGAUGACACAGUGGGGACACUGUAAAACUGUAGUGCCGAUGGUCUUGGAUUUAUUUGGAAAUAAAUUAACAGCAGCCUUUCCUUAAGGGCUUACGCAGCCUAUUCUGAAGUGCACUGAAGAAGAUUCUACUUGGUCCUUGUAAAGCAACAUGCAAGCCACGGUCAGAUUCCAUUCUUGGUGGGAGCUCAAGCAGUAUAGUUACACUGUCAUGCAUGAAGCAGGAUUUGGCUAAUUCAUCAGUCCUUGCAAAUUGCUAGGCAGACUGUUGUCAUUGUCACAUAAAUAGUUGCUCUAUAUUUUAUAUGUAAGUCAAACUUGAGUAUAGUUGAUGUGACAGCAUAUGUGGGCACGGGAAUGAGUGCCAAACCCUGCUGUCCCUCUUGUUGCCUUUGUUUAGGGAUCUGCACAUUACAAUACAUUAACAGAAUUAGCCUUAUUUUUCUAUUGCAGUUUUUGAAACAUUUUAUUAGGCUUCAGAACUUGCUACUGAAAAGUUUACAGUGGUUUCAUUAGACUUUCAUUUUUCCUGUUUAAGUAGCCUAAAGCUAUAUUAGUGAAACUAAUCGUUGUGUUCUGUGUAACUUAAGUGGCACAUAUCCCUCUUGCAGGCCUUCCAUGGAAGACUUUAUUUCACAUGUCUUCUGACACACAGUAUAUGCAAACCAAACAUGUUUGCCUUUGGAAUCUAAAAAACAUUAUCUUGCACUGCUAAGAAGUAGGAAAAGAGUGGAAAUAGCCUGCUGCUUCUGUCUGUGUCAGUCACUGUCAUUUAUGUACAUAUAUAUAUAUAUAUAUAUAUAAGAUACACUUUCAGGUUGUAUAUAUUCAUGUCACUUUUGCAUUAAGAUAAUUCAUUUGGACUUUAAAAAAAGGAAGAAGAGGAAGAACCAUUCUAAGUGGUGUGAAUUUUUCCCUUCCAGCUAAGGGUGUAUUUAUCUUUGUAUAGGAAUCUUUCAGUUUUUUAGAACUCAAGUUAUAAAAGGAGAUUGUGCCUUUCUGACUAUGUUGGUUUGGGAGGGCUGUUGUUACAUAUCAUUGUCUAGAGAUCCAAAAAGAGAAACAAGUCUUGUCUUCCUCUUUGUUGUUAAUUUUGGGGACCAUUUUGAGAAGUACGGGAGUUCAGUAUCUUGUUCCAAAAAGGCAUGCUAAAACUUUAAGGAAGGUUUUCAUCUUACUCUAGAUUUCUGGUACCUAUAACAGAUUUGGUAGCUGGUUUCUUAGGAAAUUGCUGUAAUAUCAUACUGAAAUUGUUUAUAACAUGUCACUUCUGGUAGUGUUAAUAUAGCACUGUGCUGCAUUAUUUAGUGAAAUCUUUGCAGAAGCAUGGUAGUAACAACUGCACUGAUUAAAUUAAAUAUUUCAUUGAAAAUCCUGCAGUUCCUUCAUCUUCGUCUUGUAAGGUUGAAGCUGAAUGUUCAUGAAGUGCCGUGUAGUGGGACUUCUGUAGCUGGUGAAGUUGGAAUUAAUCAUUCUAUUGUUUGUGAUUGCUCUUAACCUUUUAAUUUGAGGUGCGUCCGCCAGGAGCUUUCCUUUAUACUUAAUAUUUAAACAAAUUAAUGUUCUUUCAAAGGCCUAUUCUUACACAAGUAAAACAGAUUUCUCCAGAGCCAAAUUCUGAUUCCUGAUCUGUAUUCAGUGGUGACCACAGUAAUGAGUAGUUCCACUAAGAGCAGGGAUUAAUUAAUAAAUUUAAUUUCAAUAAAACAGUUGGAAGAAAUGAUUGCUUGAGGUAAAUAAAGGAAUUGGGUUUAGGCUGUUGGAAAUAAGAUUUGGGUUAUUUUUAAAAACCGUGUAUUUAAAUUUCAGAAGUUUUGAUUAUCUUUAACCUCUGCAGAAGUCAGAGUGCUGUGUAUUUUAAAAUGAAGCCAUUAGUGAAUCUGCUUGAUAAUAAUAUGAAGUUCCUUGUAUGGCAAAUUAUAAUUUACCUCUCUGGUAUUGUGCUAAUGGAAAACUGGCAGUAAUGUUUUUAAAAGGGAGCCUCUGAACAAUUUUCUCUGCUCGCGCCUGCAGUGGCAUACAUGGCAGUGCUGUGACUGCACUGCGAUUUUUAAGUAACUCUGCAUUGGUUCUUCCUCUCCUUUUAAAUCAAAUCAGUUUUAUUUACACCACUUCACUUUGAUACAGCUAAUGGGGCCCUCAUGAUAGAUUUAGAAGUUGGGUGGAGGAAAGAGAUGAUGACUCUCAUUUUAAUUAAUGCUGCAGCUUGUUAAUCUUGUGUGCUUUACUUUUUAGACAUCUUAGAAAAGACAAAUGGUUUUAGUAGAUAAGAAAAACUAUUAAUGAUGAAAAGGAUAGAGGGACGCUGAUUCUGAAUUUAAUUUUUAAUGAAUAUUUAAAAUUGUCUAAAUGAAGGAAGAAUUUAAUGCUGUAUUUUUAAAAGUGGUGAUCGAAUGGCAAGUACUGUAUUUAACUGUUGCUCAUUGGAAGCUAUUUUGCAUUAUAUGCCUGGAACUAAAAUUGUAAUCAAGUGCUCUUCUUGCAGUUCAUAUGAGACCUGAAAUAUGUUGUAUUGGCACAAGGCUGUAUUGCAUUUGUGGACUAAAAUAUGUAACUGCAGAAAGAAUUUCAGUACCAUGCUGGAUUCUGCUUGGAAUGUAUCUCAAUACAAAACUGUGGCCUUUGUUUGUCCCUUUUUUACUGGUUUGAGGGUUUUUUCCCACUUGAAAUUAAGAUGUUGUACGAGUGCUUUAAGGGAAGCUGUGUGUUGAAACCCAACCUUGUCUUAAACUUUUGUAAACUGGAUAUCCUCAAAAAUGUAUUCUGUAUUCCUGAAUAAAGUUGGUGUUUUAAUACUG